UUUCGUUUUAUGCUACACUACGGCACGGUUUAGUUCUGUUUGUGAUCAAUUUGAUCGGUAAUUUUUUAUCCGAUCUGUCCGUGGUUCAGCGCUGUUCAAGACGGCUUGAUUAACUCGACCAGGACAAUAAAAAUGGCUGCUUCUGGAAAGGAUAUCGAAAAACCGGUAGCGGAGGCCGCAACAGUCCACCGUAUCCGUAUUACGUUGACAUCCCGCAAUGUCCGUAGCUUGGAAAAGGUUUGCGCUGAUCUAAUUAGCGGUGCCAAAAAGCAGAAGCUGCGUGUAAAGGGCCCGGUUCGUAUGCCAACCAAGAUCCUGCGUAUCACCACUCGUAAGACACCUUGUGGUGAAGGUUCUAAGACUUGGGAUCGUUUCCAGAUGCGCCUGCAUAAACGUAUCAUCGAUUUACACUCACCAUCCGAGAUCGUCAAACAGAUCACCUCUAUCAACAUCGAACCCGGUGUAGAGGUAGAGGUUACAAUUGCGGAUCCUUAGAUGUACUGGCUGUUUUCGAUGAACGGAGAAGGCCGUUGAAACAGGUUCGAAUUCAUGAUUCGAAUCCAAAAACGCUUUGCUGGAUGUAUGAUUUUGCCAUUCUUCAGCAGCAAUUUCUUAUAUCAAGGAAUUUUCGAAAAUAAACAAUGAAAAAU